UCCGGAUCAGAAGUUAGGUUUGCCAUGUGGUUUUGUGUGAUGCAUGUGAGUUUCUCCUGGCGAGUGUUUUUGUGAAACAAUUUUUAUCUGGAAAAGAAAGCAAAUUAAGCUGAUAUCUGAAUAGUAAGGUACAACUACUUUGAAAAAUGACGUCAUUAGCCCAGCAGCUGAAACGCCUUGCUCUUCCACAGAAUGAUCCCAGUUAUUUUUCUCGACAUCAGGCACCAUCCUUGCUAUUCAACCGUAAAGAGGCAGCUGGCAUAGACAGAGAGACAUUCUUUGCUAUUGGAUGCACUGGACUGGAAGAGAUGAUCGGCAUUGACCCUUCCUUCGAAUCAUUUCAGCUGACUCUGUUCAGCCUGUCUUCGAAAGGACUUGAGCGCAGUGUUCAGAGCAAAGAAGUGAACCAGCAGCUGGAUGAAAACAUCUCUCUGUUCCUGACUCGCUUGUCUCCAUACUUCUUGCUCAAACCAGCACAGAAGUGCCUUGAGUGGUUAAUCCAUAGGUUCCACAUCCAUCUGUACAACCAGGAUAGCUUGAUAGGAUGCAUUUUACCUUACCAUGAAACAAAAAUAUUCGUAAGAGUUGUCCAGCUUUUGAAACUUAAGGACCCUGCACACCGAUGGCACUGGCUUUAUCCCAUCCAGAACCGUGGUGUUCCACUAGCAAGAGGAACUUUGGUUACACACUGCUAUAAGGACCUUGGCUUCCUGGAUUUCAUCUGUACUCUUGUCACAAAAGCUAUCAAGGCCUUUACAGAAGUUUCCAGUUCUGCUACCCAGCUGAGAGUCCUGUUUUCAUUUUAUGCCUCCACCAUUGUGGCUGCUUUGGAUGCUGUGAACAAAGUAACUGACACACUGAUAGCCAAGUUGCUGCCUUGUAUCCAAAAGGGUUUGAAAUCUGUGUUCCUAGAUUACAGAGCAGCAACUUACAUGAUCAUUUGUCAGCUUGCAGUGAAAGUAGUAAUGGAAGCUUCACUUGUGAACACUCUGGCUGUACAGAUCAGCAAGUCACUUCAAAAGAGCCCUUCCUUGUUUCAAGAAGGACUCGGAUGUCUGACAGUUUUGCUGCAGAAUCAGAAGGGAGAUAACUUAGGGAAGAAGCCUUUUACUUACCUGUGUAAUGCACCUGAUCUAGUUACUGCUCUUCAGAGGAUUUCUGCAGAAUACGAUGUCACUCCUCUUCUGCAUUACAUUCUUCCCAGUUUGGUCUGCUCUGUUCUGACAUGUACUGUAGGUGAAGAUCUUCCUGAUGAUUCAAGCAUAGAAACGCAUACCAAUCUCCUUGGGUCUGUACUUGAAAGAAUUCCUUUGGAAAAUAACUUGGACCACAAAGUGGCAUGUGCCCUUCUAAGUGAAUAUAUAUCUUGCGGAAUGCAGAGUGAUGCAGAUGCUGAUGGACUGACUGUAUUAAACCAGCGAAUUCAGCCAUUAGUUAGAGUUCUUGAAAGAAAGUAUCCUAGGGCCUUGGAUGCAGCUUUAGCAGGUCAUGUGAAGGAUGUAACAGAUCACAGGGAGCAGGCUCUUUUUCAUCAGUUUAUCUCUUUAUCUCUCAGCAGUGGCAAAUACCAGUUCUUAGAGGACUCUGACACAUCCCUAUUUCUCAGCUUGAACCACCCGCAGCCUGCUGUCCGAUUGUUGGCUGUCCAACAUCUUAAUGAAAUCAUCGAUGCCUCACAGGAAGGCUUUGACAGUGAAUUUCUAAAAGAGGCUGUUUUGGAACGACUGAAAGAUGAGAGUCAUGAAGUUGUAAUGUCUGCACUGAAAGCUUUGGAAGCAUUUUCUGAGACACUUGGACCUGAAACUGUUGUUGAUAGCAUUUUGAAUCUAGUUCAGCGAGUGCACCUGUCCAGAGAUGAGAACUGGUAUGAUGCCUUAAUUGAAGCUUUAAGGAUUUUAGGAAAUGGACUAGUCCUCAAUGGGAAUGAAGUACUGACAAAUCGUGUUGUGAUGGAACUUCUCCCCUUUAUGGUGGUCACAAAUGCUGAUCCCAAAUCAGCUGAACAAAAACUUUCUGUGUACCUUGCCAAUUCUGGUCUACACUCCUUGCAUUCAUUGCUUAAGGGCUGGGCACAAGUUCUUGAAAAAGUUACCAGAACCAGUAAAUCUGAUGAGGUGGUAGGCAUGGCAUAUCAGAAACUAGUCACUGUCUUGGUUAAUAAUUUGACGUCUAUGGAAUCCUCAGCACUGUCACAGACAGUUGAAAGCCUUGCUCAGCUUGCUGGUCAGAAGAACAACAUUCAACAAAAAGUUACCUUUCAUUUAGUCUGUACUGUUUUUGUUGAGUGUUGUCGUGUGCUGAAUGAAGAAGAUCAUAUUAAGACUGCUGGCAAGGUGUAUAACCUGCUGGAGAAGAUUUCUCGUGAACUCUUAUCAGAUUCCACUAAUCAGGAUAACGUUCCUGGUGAAUGGCAAAAUAAAUUGAUGGAGGGCUCUAUGCCAGUGCAGCUGAUGACUGAGUUUGUGUCAAAGUUGAAAGAUGGACAGGCUGCUAAUGCAGAGAAUGCAAUGUUAAUGUUAUUUAUCCUUAAAGAAUUCAUCAGUGUUUUGAAGAGACCCAAGUGCCUUCUGAAAGCUCCAUCUUGGUGGAACCCUGAAAAGCUUGAUGAAUCGGGUAUUGAAUAUCUGAGGCUAGUAUUUGGGUUCUUUAAUGUCACUGUUUGUGGUGCCGGUGAAGGGAACUUCGCUCUGUGCUUCAGACAACUGAUGCAGCAUUUUUUUAAGGUCCAGUUCUCUGAAGCCUCAGACCUUUUCAAGUUUUUAGCCAUCCUCUGGAGUCACAGCCACAACAUUGAUAGCAGAUUAACAUAUACAGUUAAUGCUAUACUGCAGACACAGGCACUUUAUGUUGGGCGUGCUCUUCUGGAAUCUUUUACUACACAAAAGAAGCGUCAGGUGUCAUCCACAUUAUCUACAGUUGUAGUGCCCUUGGUAGCCAACUUGGGAAGCCAUGUGAGAGAGGUUCGGAGAGCUGCCCUAGCAUGCCUAGAGAUUGUCAGUGGAUUUAAAGAAACUCCAUUCCAUCUGAUAAUUGACAAGGUGAUACAUGCAGCUGAGGAGAUAACUGCAGACCCUACUUAUAUCUGCCAGGCAAUGGGCAAUAUUUUUGCGAUGCUGCAGGUACAAAGUGAACAAAAGUCCCAACGCAAGAAGCUGUCUGAAACUUUGGAACAUGUACUUAAAUGUGUUCAAGAUCCGGACUGCCCAGCGUAUCUUCAAAGAGGUUUAUUGAAAACCUUUCAGGAGGUGAACAAUGAGGUAAUACUUGCCUUCUUGUUACCUACGAUGGAAAUAUUACUGGAAAAAGUGUCAUCAGACCCAAAAGAUGUCUUGAAAGAUGAAGCCCUGCUCUUGCAGCUUAUCUUGGGGAAGUACAAUGAAUAUUCAGCACCACUGUUAGCCACAGAUCCAAAAAGUUUUAACCUGUUCAUUAAAGCCUUGCAUACUGCCAACGAAUUGUAUCCAGGAAUUCCAACUUUCCAGGUCAUUGCUCUGAGCCAGAUUACUAGGGGAUUCUUUGCUGCUUUGCCAAGUGAGACGAUCCAGCAAAAGCUGGUGGGAGUACUGUUUGACCUGCUUGUGGACUGUAAAAAUAUUCAAUGUGGCCAGAGUAUUAAUUGUGUCUUCAAAGCUAUCUCUGUGGAUGCAGAACAGAUUGCAUUAGAGUUGGGGCCUCUUGAGAAAAGCAAACCACCUGCAACUGUCCAGCAGACAAGGAGGCAGAAGAUGCAGAAACAGCAGCAAAGAACUUCUCAAGAAACUGAUUCAACUUCUGAAGCCAGCAGUGUGAACUUUGAACGCGCGACCCUCAUUCUGGAAUUAGUACAGCAUAAAAAGAAGCUGAAACGUCCUCAGAUUCUGGUCUCUCCUCUUUUUAACUUGCUUUCCAGGUGUUUAGAGCCACAGUCCUCUGAGCAGGGAAAUCUGGAAUAUAUCAAACAAUUGAUUCUGAGUUGUUUGUUGAAUAUUUGCCAGAAGCUGUCUCCUGAUGGUGGUAAGAUCAGUGAUGAUAUCCUAGAGGAAGACAAAUUCAAUGUGGAGUUGAUUGUUCAGUGUGUCCGUACCUCCAACAUGCCUCAGACUCACCAUCAUGCAUUACUGCUUUUGGGUGCUGUAGCUGGAAUAUUUCCUGAAAAAGUACUACACAACAUCAUGCCAAUUUUCACAUUCAUGGGUGCUAGUGUCAUGAGACUGGAUGAUAUGUACAGCUUCCAGGUGAUCAGCAAGACUGUGCAAACAGUUAUACCAGCACUGAUUCAGAGUGAUGGAGGUGGACUGGCUGAGACUAAAGGCGAUAUACAGAACAUAGUUACACGGAUAAUUCGAGUGUUUGUGGAUGCCAUGCCUCAUGUACCAGAGCACCGCCGUCUGCCUGUCUUGCAACAGCUUGUCAGUACUGUUGGUGCAAAGCAAUUUCUUUGGGUUCUUUUGCUGUUGCUGUUUGAGCAGCAUGUAACAAAAACUGCUUCAGAUGCAGCAAGUGAAGAAAAGGAGUCUGUACUGGAACGUGAUACGGAGUUCUGGAUUUCGGUUUCUUGCGAGUUUGAUGUCCAGGAUCAAAUCCAGAGUUUGGUGAAGAUUCUGCAGUAUCUCAUGGCUCUACCAGUCAGCAAAGAUGAAGAUGAUCAGGGACAGAAGAAAAAGAAACAGAAGGCUAAAACUCUGGAUCCCAUCUUUAAUGUUGAGUCUCGCACAGGAAAACAGCUUCGCCAUUUUAAGUUCCUUGCUGUGUCCUUCCAAUCACAUCUUCUUGCUUCAAACUAUUUCAUUGGAAAGGUUGCUGAGUGUGAUGUCAGUCGACAGGUGGCUUUACAACAACAUGAACAGAAGCUGUUGGAGGAAACUCUCUGCUAUAUAAACAUGGUUGCUCGCUCUGUGGAAGAAAAUGCAAAUAAACCAACUGCAAAGUUUUGGAGAGCUUUGCUCAACAAGUCUUAUGAAGCGCUGGAUAAAGUGAAUGCCCUACUACCUACAGAAUCUUUUGUACCAGUAAUUCGUGGAUUACUGGUAAACCAGUUACCAUCAGUACGGCGUAAAGCUAUGGAACUUCUAAAUAACAAAGUACAGCACUCUGUGCAGUGGCAGGAAGAUCAGGUGCAGUCAUUCUUGGAGAUGCCUUCGGAGCUAUUGUCUAUCGUGUGCAACAAAGAAAAAGAAGAAGAACAGGCUAUAAAUAGACAAACUGCAUUAUAUAGCUUAAAAUUGCUGUGCAAAUGCUUUGGAGCAGAGAACCAGGAGGCCUUUGUACCAGUGCUGAAUACUGCUGUUGACCUUGUCCUUGAUAAAACAGAGGAGAAAAAUGUGUUGGGCAGUGCAUUGCUGUGCAUAGCUGAGGUAGUGAUUGCUCUGAAAGCAUUGGCAGUUCCUCAGCUUCCAAGGUUGAUGCCAGCUGUGCUGAAGACCUUAAAAGAUAGAAAGGAGCUACUGUCCAAUGAGAUCUACUUGUUAAGUGCAGUAACAGCCCUCCAGAAAGUCACUGAGACGCUACCCAACUUCAUCAGUCCAUACCUAGUGGAUAUCUUAAUGCAGAUCACUCACUUGUCAAAAAUUGCUGCUAGUAGUGGUCCUUCUUCUCAGCUGCAUCUCCGGGUAUCAUCAGUGAAGACAACUGUUGCAACAAAGUUAGCAUCCCGUGUACUCCUUCCAGUCGUGACCAAGUGCUACAAUAAGCUGGAAGACUCACAUCAGAGUCGACUGGGACCCCUUCUAGAUAUUCUCAAGGAAAAUAUUGUACAUAUGGAAAAGGAACAGCUGAAUGCACACCAGUCUGAGCUUACAACGUUUUUCCUGAAGGCCCUGGACUUCAGAGCAGACCACUCAGAGGAUGACUUGAGGAAAGUUGGAGAUAUAGAAGAACAUAUUAUUAACUGUGUAGUUGUGAUGGUCAUGAAACUUUCAGAGGUGACAUUCAGACCACUCUUCUUUAAGCUAUUUGACUGGGCAAAGACUGAAGACUCUUCCCGAGACCGACUGCUGACAUUUUAUCGUUUAGCUGACUGCAUUGCUGACAAGCUGAAGGGGCUCUUCAUUCUUUUUGCUGGUCACUUAGUGAAGCCAUUUGCUGAUUUGUUGAAGCAGUCUAAUGCAGCAAAAAGUGAUGAACCACUGUUUGAAGAGAAGAAUUCAGAAAAGACAUGCUUGUUGCUGCAGUUUGUUAUGGACUGUCUGCAUAAAAUUUUCCUGUAUGACACACAGCACUUCGUCAAUAAGGAGAGAGCUGAGGCAUUGAUGACUCCUUUAGUAGACCAGUUGGAGAAUGUGAUUGGAGGAGAAGAUGCUUACCAAGAAAGAGUUACUAAUCAUCUAAUACCAUGUAUAGCCCAGUUCUCCGUUGCAAUUGGAGAUGACUCUCUCUGGAAACCGCUAAACUACCAAAUUUUGCUGAAGAUGAGACAUAGUUCAUCAAAGAUUCGACUUGCUGCUCUAAUGGCCCUGCUUGAAUUAGCAGGGAAACUAAAGGAAAACUACAUGAUAUUGCUACCAGAAUCAAUUCCAUUCUUGGCUGAACUCAUGGAAGAUGAGUGUGAAGAGGUAGAACACCAGUGUCAGAAGGUUAUUCAGCAGCUGGAGGUUAUCCUUGGAGAAUCCCUUCAGAGUUACUUCUGAGCAGUGAUCAGGGAGUUAAAAUUGGUUUUAAAACGUCAUCACUGAACAGCAACUGUCAAAAGGUGCUCCGUGUGGCUUGGUCACUGAGCCACCAAGAAAGAGUCUCAUAUUUUGUGAAGUUAUUCUAGGAGUACUUAACAGGUUUUGUUGGCAGUAUUACCUUUGAUGACUUCAACAGGUUUGUGAACAACUGGAGGCAAAAUUUCCAUCAGAAGCAAAUAUUUAAAGACUGAGUCCUUCAUUUUCUGGAUCAGUAUAAUUGUGAAUAAUAUACCAAAAUAAAAAUAAAACAUUUUAUAUCAGCACACAUGGUGCAUUCCAUUUAUAAGAAGGCACCAGUCAAUCGAAAGAGAGAGAAAAACACAAGUUCAGGAUUCUGACUGCACAGACCUGGAAUAAUUACCACUUUGACUGUUGGGCACAUCACUAACUCCUUUCAAGCAGAGAACCAGCUAUAUUCCCAGCAGGGACUUUUACCAAGUUGUUUUACUAAUUUGUGCUUGCAGUUGGUCCAGAAUGAAACAAUCCAUUUUGGUUACUUCAAGAUUAAAGCUGGUAUUAUUUUAAA